UUCUUUCUGUUCUGUUUUAGGACUGCUUUCAUCAUGUUCAGAUUUUAAGACUAUUCUAUAAGUGUGACUCUCACAUGUUCAGCAUAUAUAUGAAAUUGGAAUUAAUAUGGCCAGCAUCAGCCGAGCCAAGUAUGAAGAGGUGAUCAAGGUUCUGUCCCAAAAGAAACUGUGGGACUUGCAUGAUAUUGAAGAAUGCUUUCCAGACAUUCCCAAGGCAACUCUGGGGAGCAUCAAAGCUCAAUUUAAUGCACGACAAACUAAGGAAGAACAAGGCCAGAAGAAGAAGAAGAAUAAACAGAGAGAGAAGAAGAAAGUGUCGAGGUUGACAGACCUAAAAGCCUGCCAAAAUACUGCCAGGAAGAGAUUGGAGAAAAAGCUCAUGAACAGGUCAUCCGUGCGACGAGUGGCAUCUGCCAUGGAUGCACAGGACAAGAAAAAGUUCCUUGACAAGUUUGGAAAUCAGUUCAACUAUCACAUUCCCAAGGCAACUCUGGGGAGCAUCAAAGCUCAAUUUAAUGCACGACAAACUAAGGUCAGCCAUUAUAAGCACACACACCCUGAAGCUGUAGCUGAGUAUUACAAACGGUAUGUACUAUACCUUGAUCUGAGAAGCAGAAAUGAGGAUCCUGGAUUCCUGUUAAGGAUGGCUGAGGAUAUUGGUUUUUCUCCUGCAAUGUUGGCAAGGUCCAUCCUUCAGAAGCAUUUAGAAUCUCAAGAGAAUUUAAGUGGUUGUGAACCAUCCAAGAAGGAACUUAAUCGUAUUUCCCAGAACUUGGACCUCCUGAAUGACAAAGUGCUGGCCUCUGAAUGUUACCUGUGUUUCCUUGUGGAUGACAACUAUGGCCCAAUUCCAGAUGGAAUAAAGCAUCAAGUGGGAGUGGACUAUGAGUGCCUGUUGAAGCAAACACUAAAUAAAUAUGGGAUUCCCUUUCAGGAUGAAUGUGCCCUUCGAUGUGAGGGCUAUGACAGAACUCCUGAUGUCAAGCUCAGCAUUCCUAUUGCGGUCCAGGAUGAGGUGGUGUGCUGGGUGGAAAGCAAGGCCCUAUUUGGAGAUGAUGAAUCUCAUUCCACUUACCUCCAUGAUCAGCUGAAGAGUUACCUCAAUAGGUAUGGCAAUGGCAUGGUCAUCUAUUGGUUUGGCUGUGUCUCCGAGCUGCAGUCAGAGAACAAGGAGAAGGGGCUUCUGAUACGAACAACCUUCCCCUCAAAAGAAGAAAUCACUUUCCUCAACAAAACAUCUGCCGAGCCUCACAUUGAAGCACCAUUCAACGGAAUUCUGUUCCCUUCUGAAAAAGGCCUUCAUGCUUGGCUGCCAAAAGAUCUCUCCAUCUGGUCUCAGAGGGACUCCCCAAAAAAUUGA